AUUACAGAUAACAUAGGUUACUGGCUUAUUUCUGUAGCAUACAUAACCUUGCGGAAUGUUCAAUAGAUCUCAUCAAAAGGGAAAAUUCUUGUGUGUUAAAGGGAAAUUUGUUUCAUUGCAAUGACAACGUAAGAAUGGAUAUGUAAACAAACAGCGUUUAAAAUUUUUUUCAUAUCACGUAUAAUGAGGUUAAACUGUUUGGUUGAGCCUUUUAGGACAUAUAUUCGCCAAUAUAAUUCAGUAACAGUAAAAUACACAACGUGUAAGAAGUCGAGGAAAGUGCUAAUCUCCUAUAACCAUGCACAAAAUGCUGAAGAAUCGUGUUCAAAAGAGUACAUGCGUUUUGGUGAAGGUUAUAAUGCUUCAAAAGAAACAAUGAUGCACGAUAUGAGAGUUGUAGCAGACUUCUUGACCGAAGAAGACGAAAGAUCGUUAUUUGAAGAAAUAGAACCGUAUAUGCGAAGACUGAGAUACGAAUUUGAUCACUGGGAUGAUGCUAUCCAUGGUUACAGAGAGACAGAAAGAUUGAACUGGAAUCCACAGAAUACAGGAAUUCUGCAGCGUGUCCGUGAUGCAGCGUUUCCACCAGGAACACCCCAAUUAAGUCUCGUUCACAUACUGGACCUUGCUGAAAAAGGGGUUAUCAAGCCUCACAUUGACAGUGCUCGUUUCUGUGGUAAUACCAUAGCUGGUCUGAGUCUGUUGUCUGAUUCUGUUAUGCGACUAGUUCAUGAAAGGAAUAAAGAACAAGUCGUAGAUAUACUUCUGAAGAGACGUUCUCUUUACAUAAUGAAAAAAACAGCAAGAUAUGAAUUCACUCACGAAAUUCUUGGAAGUGCCAAUUCGAAAUUUGGUGAACAGAUUAUACCCAGAGGACGGCGCAUAUCAAUCAUAUGUAGAAAUGAACCGGAUAAUACCGUAGAAAACUAAUUAGAAUUUGUACAUCAUACAGAAUUGAAAAAAUAAUAUGAAAGUAAUUUUGAGACUGAAUUCUUUAAAAUAGUAUUUUAUUGGUGCGUCUGUGAUAAGAUAUAGUCACAUAGUCAUUUAGUUAUAUCACAAAGUGAUGUUUAAUCAUUUGACAAGAAUGUACCAGUACAUUCAGUGCUGGAUAGUCAAAAUAUAUUUAUCCACACAGGAGAAUACGCUAAUAUAGGUGUGUUAAUGUAUCUGAUACAAAUAUUCAAAAAAGCCUGAUUGAGGUUUGAAAGUAUUUCAAAGGAAACGUAGUAUGUACAACACAGGGGCUUGGUUGAGGUAUAUUUUCUUUAUAGUAUAUCAGAAGUUAUGGGAAUUCAAGCGAAUACUGAAAUCUCAUUUUUGUGUGGAACAACCGUCAUAUAGUGAAGCAGGUGGAAACUAAGAGUAGAUAUUACAUAUAACAUAAAACAUGAAUUAUUUCAUACUAAAAAUGUUAAACAAUGUUGAACAACAUCUUGAAGAGGCUGAAGUGAUAUUUACUCUGUAUGUUUCUUAGAGGAAUUACACUAAAAUGAAUUUUGAAAGUCCA